UUAUUUCGAUACUCAUCUUUCUUCUAUUAUAGCCUGUGUAGUUUCUCCAGGGGGCAGGUUGGAGGGGGGCGCUGUGUGAAGGGGGUUCGUGUUCAACGUAUGGGUCCAGUGGGGGUAGGGUACUGUUGGAACCCCUCGAUACAAAGCCCUAUUUAUGGCGAUCGUUCAUCAGAGUUGAAGAAACUGCACAAGAAUGAAGUCACACGAUUCAUGGACAGUCUUGGAGACCAAGAAGCACAGGAAAAAUUGAGAGGGCAUACUCUUCUUUCCAGUGGUGGAUCAGGGAAUUUAAAGUACCUAAAAGACCUCACUGAAUAUCGAUGUAAUAGGAGAGACUAUGUAAAGCACUUUCGUCUCAAGAAGAUGGAGCUUGUCAAACCUGGAUCCAUAUCCGGUUACAAUGUCUUCAUGAAAGAGUUUAGGAAUGACUUCAUACAAGGAAACAAUCCGGAGUCCCUCAAGGAGGGUUUGAAGGCACUCUGUGAGAAAUGGAAGGAACUCAGUGAUGAGGAGAAAGCAUCCUAUAAUGUAAAGGGCAAGGACAUGCACACUGAAAGGCUGAUUGAGUAUGAGAAGAAGUACAAGCAAGCUAUUGAGGAGGGGAUCGUCAAACCAUGCACCCAAAGAGAAGAAGAAACCAGCCAAAAAGAAGACAAAAAUUUUUAA